AUGGUUACGCCCACUCUUUUCGACGCGGAAACCAUUGUUGGCCUUCACCCCAACGGUAUAGACUUCAACCCUACUGUCUUAAAUGAAGAUACCAUCGCUUUCGAGACUAGCCUCGCCCCAUACUCCUUAUUUAUGUCCUAUUAUCAUGACAAGAGUACUACUGAAGUUUCAGAUGUCGAACACAUAGCUUUUCUAACUCGGUGGCUAUCCAAAUAUGUGUUUUGCUCUCGCUCCCUCCAGGUUGCUAAGAGAUUCAUUACCAUAGCCAUUCAGCUUCAUGCAGGCACAAAACUAUGCUUGAGUGAAAUGAUUCUGGCGAACCUUUAUGAAUCUCUGAGUGAGAGCGUACAUCUUUUGAAAAACGCCAAAACCCAAGCCGUGAGGAUUCCUGCCAAGAAAACGUCUGUCGAAGCGUCGCUCAGUGCUGCUAAGAAGCAUUCGACAAAGGCAAGUCGAAAACCCCCAACAAUCCAAAAGAGAAAAAGUGAAGAGGAGAAAGAAAAGGAUAAAGUCCCUAAUGAAGAGUCUGGUGACGAAUCCCCAGAGUUAAUCCAUCCCCCUCAGAAGAAGAAGAAACUCACGAAGGUCUCCUCCCAAAGGUCCAUCGCAAAAUCAACUAGGAAGGAUUCUGCAAGUACUCCCCCUGCUAAGCCUCAGUCGAAAGACACGGAGAGUGGGAAAUCCAGCUUUAACACUGAGAUUCCUGAGGGACAAGUGGCUGUCGAAAGAACACCUGAGAAAAUUCUGGAGGAAACAGUCCUAGAAGAAGAUAUCCCCAUAAGUGAUCAUGAAAUGCAGACUGUGGCAGAAUUCGACGCUACAGUGGGUGAAGCUUCUGAAGAUGAAUCUCCUUCUCCUCCAGGAUUAGAUGUUGCAGCUCAGGGUGAUGAUACUGACAUGGAAGUCGGGGUCGAAGACGAUCAUGAAAACGAAGCUGCCAAAGAUGGGGGUAACCAGUCGAAACACGCAGAGGCUGAGCAAAUUUUAGAGCGAAACACUCCACCUGCUCUUGACCAGACCCAAGGGAGUGGCAAAUCAACUGGAUUCUUCGCAGAGCAGUUCGACCACUUCUGGGGCAACUUCUGA